UGUGAUUUGCUCACCAGUACAAACUUCUAGUAACGUCUUGUUUCUUUAUCUCGUCCAAUCAGGGUCACAUUACGACAGGGCCACAUCACCACACUGGACUAUAAGAAGCGUGAGAAUCCCACAGGAAGGCACCAUCCGGUCCAAAUUCUCCUGCCGUACAGGUCAUCUCCAGUCAGCAGCCAUGAAAUUCUCCCUCAUUGCAGCCUUUGUCCUGCUUGCUCUGGCACAAGGAAGCUUCGCCCAAGAUGCUGCCGACCUCGAAAGGAUCGGUCAGUACUUCGAGGAGCUGAAGAACAAAAUGACUCAGGACCUGACUGAGAUCAUCCGUAACCACGAUCUGGCAAACCAGGCUCAGACCUUCCUGGAGGACAAGAAAACCCAGCUGGAGCCCCUGGCCACUCAGAUCCAGGAACAGCUGAGGACUGCUGCCACCAACCUGGAGGAGCACGUCAAGCCCCUGGCUGCCAACGUUCAGACCCAGAUCCAGCCCAUGAUGGAAAACUUCCAGAAGCAGCUGGAGGCCAUCUUCCAGAGGAUGACAGAGCAGGACCCGGGCCAUCGGCAACUAAACAAGCCGUCCUUCUAAAAGCAUGCAAAUAUGCCACCACAGCACCACCUUCUCCGUCACGGACUGAGUUAAUGGAGCUAUUUGCAUCAAUGGCUGGCCUCAAAGUGCAGGCAGAAGCACAACAGCCUAGAAAGUGUUUCAGUGCUUGUUAACAUUGAUAUUUAUUGUCUCUGUCCCAAAGCACAAUUAAAAACUUGGAACACAA